AUGCGCAAGAGUGAAAUCGCUUAUGGUAGAGGCCCGUCGCCAAAACUGAAACGACUCGCCGAACACCACCCGAUGACUAAGGGUACACAGGCCUUCGGUAAGAAGCACGUAAAGUCGCACACGUUGUGCAAGCGUUGUGGAAAGUCAAGUUUCCACAUUCAAAAGAAGAGAUGUGCGUCGUGUGGUUACCCUGAUGCCAAGAAGCGUAAGUACAACUGGGGAGCCAAGUCGAUCCGCAGAAGAACCACCGGCACAGGCCGUAUGCGUCAUCUUCGCAGUGUUCACAGACGUUUCCGUCUUCUUUACAUUUCCAACAACGUAGUUUCUCAGAAUGUUCGAGAGGAAAUAAUGGGUGAACAUGAGGGACUUCUCUAUUACAGUGACGACUGUUCUCUUCGGUUUUUAGGCGUCGACAUUGUGUGCUUCGGAGUUGGAUCGGGUGGAACGUGCACAGGAGUAGGCCGUUAUUUGAAGGAGAAAAAUCCAAACAUAAAGAAACGGAUUCCGUGA